AUGGCAGCCCCCAAUGGCACAGGUAAGCCUCUCUUGGAGUUCAUCCUGAACGGGAUCCCAGGCCUGGAACAUGCUCACCUAUGGAUCUCCUUCCCAUUUUUUUCCAUGUAUCUCAUUGGCAUGGUGGGGAACUGUGGGCUCCUGUACAUCAUCUGGACCGAGGAGGCCCUUCACAGACCCAUGUACUGGUUCCUCUGCAUGCUCUCCAUCACAGACAUCGUCAUGGGAACAUCUACCAUGCCCAAAGCAUUCUGCAUCUUCUGGCUCAACCUCAAAGAGAUUGACUUCAACUCCUGCCUGGUCCAGAUGUACGUUGUCCACACCUUCACUGGGAUGGAGUCUGGCGUCCUCAUGCUUAUGGCUCUCGACAGAUUCGUGGCCAUCUGCUACCCACUGAGGUACGCCACCAUUCUGACCAACUCCUUGAUUCUGAAGGUGGGGCUAGUGACCUUCAUCAGGGGGGCCGUUCUCAUCCUCCCUUUCCCUUUCCUGGUCAGGAAGAUGCAAUAUUGCAACACCAACGUCAUUGCUCACACUUACUGUGACCACAUGGCGGUGGUGAAGCUGGCCUGCGGCAGUAUCCACGUGGACGCCAUCUAUGGCCUGACGGUAGCCCUGCUGAUAGGAGGCUUCGACAUCUUCUGCAUCGCAGUGUCUUAUUUCAUGAUCCUGAAGGCUGUGGUGGCGCUUUCCUCGAAGGAGGCGAGGAGCAAGGCCUUUGGCACCUGCAGCGCACACAUCUGCGCCAUCACGAUAUCUUACACUCCUGCCUUCUUCACCUUCUUCGCACACCGCUUUGGGGGACACAGCAUCGCUCCUCACGUUCACAUCAUUAUGGCCAACCUUUACCUUCUUCUGCCCCCCAUGAUGAACCCCAUUGUUUAUGGCGUGAAGACAAAAGAGAUACGUGAAACUGUCCUAAGGCUCUUCAGGAAGGGAAAGACCAUGGGGCCUCAUGGCCAUUGA